AUGGGUCACAGGCAAUCAAAAAGCGCAAUAUCGAACGGUAAAAAUAAAUUAAGUACCAACAAAGUGGAAAAGAAAAAGAAAUUUCGUUCUUUACGUUCUCCUUCGAAUAUUCAAAUUUUAACCAUUGACGAAAGUUUAAAUGAAACUUGGCGUUUUACUGGUAGUGGUAAACGAAUCCAUAGUGCAAAAACUUCUAAAUUAUUUAAUUCCAUCUCUGAUAAAGAAAUUGAAAGAUUACAAAGACAACAUUGGUUCUUUAAACGUAUUUGGCAAAGUAAUUAUUCGGCUCCUGUUGAAGAGAAAUUAAAAGCUGGUGGUGCUAAAGUUCUUGAUAUUGGAUGUGGUCCUGGUACUUGGACAAUCGAAAUGUCUGAAAUGUACGAACAAUCUACUUUUACUGGUGUAGAUUUCGUUUCUGCUUUUUCUAAAGAAAUGGAACCUGAAAAUGUCAAAUUUAUUCAAGCAAAUAUACUUGAUGGUCUCCCAUUUUUGGAUGAUACUUUUGAUUUUGUUCAUAUGGGUUUAUUAGUAACUGCUUUCACUGCCACUGAAUUUAAUGAAAAAGUUAUUCCCGAAAUUGUAAGAGUUACUAAGCAAGGUGGUUGGAUAGAAUUUAUGGAAAGUGAUAUACAUUAUUUUAAUGAAGGUCCUACAACUAUGAGAUUAACAAAUGCAUUAACUUCGUUCAUGAAGUCAAAGAAAAUAUUGGAACCAUUGAAUUCAUAUAUUCCCCAAUCUAUGGAAGAUAACGAUAAAAUACAAAAAGGCAUCCAAACUGAAGAAAAGACUUGCUUUGUUGGAUCAUGGGCAGGUGACCUUGGUAAAAUGGCUGUAGAAGAUAUCUCUAACGGAUGGACUGCGAUUAAAGCCCCAUUAUCUAAAGCUAUGAAAUUAAAGUCUCAAGAAUAUAAUGAAUUGGUUGUCACUUUUACAAAAGAAGUCGAACAAAAUAAAAAUUCUUUCAAGACUUGGCGAUUUUUUGCUCAAAAGAUUGGUACUAUGUCAGUACCUGACAUAACUACUACUUCAUUACAACAAUAA